AUGGCGCCAUCGAAAUACGUUCUGCAGCCACCGGAGGACCUGCACCCUUAUAUCCCGCACUUUUCAGAUCCGGACCGAACGCAGGAGAGCGACGAUGCGAAGGUCUCACCUACAGCGGUGUACCCGGAUUUCGAGCCCUGGGAGCACAAGCCGGAGGAGGACCGGAUCCUGCUCAAUUUCGUCUCGAAGGGGUACUACGUGUCCUCGAGGGUCAACUUCGAAAGCAUAUCGGCAAGAUCGUCCUUGCACGAGUCCCUGCCGAAACUGUCAGAUCAACUGGCGUUGCAGUUCGGGAAAGUAUUACACAUCAGGGACAAAGAGGUCAAUAGGAUCUCAGGGUCUCAGUCCACUUCCACUGACUUGAAACCAAAUGCGAACAAGUCGAAGCAUUCCGCUCUCUCAACGAACCCUCUUGCGGGCCCGGAUUUCACACUCCCAACUAGAGUCACGCUCACGGACAACCGUAAAGAGAUGUGGUUGCAGGAAUUGAGCUCACCUUAUACAUCGCUCUCCAAGAUGUUGCAGUAUAUACCGCAUGGGCUGAAAAGGAGACAAGUGCUCGAACAGUGCUACACGAAACAGAUCCCCUUGAAGCGCGCAAUUUGGCUGAUCAAAUGUUGUUACUCGAUAGAGGCACAAGCUUUGAAAUCUAAGCAUACACAGGCAAUUAAUCACGAGGGAGAUUCCACCACGAACGAGGUCAAGACCCUGUAUAAAGAUUGGACGGAUACCUACGUGUACAUUUUGGAGAAACUGAUCUUUGAGAUGGUUCAGUACUAUAACGAUCCAAACAAACUGAAAAUCUGGAAAAGAGAAGUUGCAUAUUUCUUGAAACUUUUGGGGAACUGUUACACUCUUGGGCUGCUAGACAAAGAGGUAUUCUACCACUGGCUCAUCAAGUUCGUUUCCAAGAUUGAGAACUUCGAGUUCCUACCCCUGAGUUUACACAUCCUGAUGAUCUUUUGGGACGAUAUCGUUGGUUCAAAAAUCUCGUUACAAGUUGCAGACCCACGUCAAGAAAACACGGCUAUAGACACGUUCCUGGUGUCCAAAAUCACAGACAUACUUCUUAAUAAAUACUAUGUCAUCUCCAAUAGCAAAUCAAUGAUAAACGAUGAGAAGUAUAUCAUUAACGAUAUAAGGAAAAACAACAAAAUCAAGGACUCCCUACAAUCGAUAAUCGGGAAACUCGUUUGUAGGCUCUUCCAAGAACAGUCCCUGGAGAUAUUUUUGUUCCCGUCUACAAGCUGGGAACUGUACAAACCGUGUCUAUACGAGAUAACGAGUCAUUUGAAGGAUUCCAAAAGUGACGUAAAGAAGAAAUUGGAGUUGAUUAGCUACAGGAACGAUACACUGAAAAAUAACUCUCUGCUGACCACAGAUGAAAUCAAAAAGAGCACGUCACCUUCCACCAACAAAUCAGAAAUCUCGCAGGUGUUUACAACCUCCACAAUGGAUCCUGAAGUAAAAGUAAUCUCUAUACUUUUUGUCGAUAACAAGUUCACGAAACUGCUCGACGAGAACAGUGCGGAAUUUGAUUGGGUCCAAUACAUUGAUCAAAACCCUUUAAAACUAUCCCAAAUCUUUCAAUUACUGCUUUGGUCGGUGCAUCCUAGUCGUCUAUCUCACUACGAGUCAAAUCAACUGGUUGCCAAACUUUUAUUAUUGCAAAUCAGCUCAUUAGACGGGUUCCCUGAGUUUGAAAUCGAGGAUACCAUAUGGUCACUUGUUUUCCAGAUUGCCAAACUUUCCAAGCAGAACAUGGCGAGAACGAUUAACGUUACGGAAUUAUUCCAUUUGCUAAAUAUUUUGAACACAUAUGGAAUGAUAAAAGUGCCCACGUAUAUCAGGAAACUAAUCAGCUCUGGAAUCAUGUAUCUACAUGAUUCUAAUGACAAGUUCUUCCACGUAAAGUUACUGAUCAACCUCAAGAUAUCCCCACUAAUGCGAAGUCAGUACAACAUGAUUUUGCGAAAUAUUAUGGAAUACGAUCCCAGUUUCUAUGAGAACUACAACUUUGACCAACUCAAUAACAUCGUCACGACGCAUAAAAACAAUGUGCUACCAGGGGGUGAUUUGAGUGAGUUGACCAAGCUUCCAUUGAGUUGCAAGAUCAUACUCGGGGAAUGGUAUCUAAAUCGCCUGUGCUCAAAGAGUACCUUGGAUUGCAUAGAUGGUGAGCAACUGCUGAGAAAUUACGAAAUAUUUUGUGUGAGGUUGGAAGUGUUCCACCUUUUCUAUAAGUGGGUCGAAUUCGUCAUAUAUCAUCAGUUGUUGGACGACAUCAACACAAUGGAGAUGUUGAUGAAUAUUUUGUUACGUUACAAAAUGGUUUUUUCUCAAUUUAUCAACGAUCAUAUCCUUUUUGUGAAAACUUUCAUCUACGUGUACAUCAAUGUAUUGAAGGAUAAAGACCCUGUUGCGUACCACGUCACCUCGUUUAUGCCCUUUUGGAAGUUUUUCAUGAAAACAUUUCCUAUGGCUUUGACUUUGGAUAGUGAUCUGAGGAUUGAGUUGUCAAACGUGUAUGAAGAGGAGAAGAUGAAGCGUGAAAAGCUGGAGAAAAAUCAUGAGCUUGUCAACUCUUUAUACCAGUCGGUAAGUCAUACGAUAGAUAAUCCUAAGGAGACCACCAUGAAUUUCACUGAGUUAUUCCAUACGAACAUCAGAGUGCUUUUGUCGUUAACGAAACAGCAUACAUAUGUUGAGAGAAGGCAAGCUCGCUGUAAAUUAUUGUUAUUGAUGAAUUCCAAUUUUAGGGACUACUACAAGUUCAUGUCGAUUUUCUUGAAACGGAACGAUUGCGAUAAUAAGGGAUUGAUCAGGUUGAUUUCCGAGAAACUGCUCACACUUGAUCAGGUAAGGAGAAUACAAGGUAUUGAGAAAGUGCUUGAGUUGAUUGACCUGGGGGAUUUGCUGAUGUGCCAUGAGAUCUACUUUCAAACGCACAAGUACGAUUACAUCAAGGGAAAUUUUGAGACGAUCUUGAAAACGUGCCAAGAGCACUUACCACAACGGUACCACUUGUUUUUGCGGAUCUUGGCCCAAUUUGGACCCAAUACCAAUUUUUCCAAGCUUUCCACGCGUGCCAUUCAAACGAUGGCUGAGAGAAACGGGAAACCGAUGGCCGACUUUGUGCAUGACUUACUAUUUUAUGGUCUAAAGAGUGAGGACGGGGACGACACCGAUGAUGAGCUUUUUGAAAGUGAGUCUAGUCCGAGCGACAUGUUUUACCUGUUGGAGUUCACAAACCUGUGGGUUUUCCAAGCCAUUACUGCCCACCAGGUCCGCGUGAUGACGAAUGUUUAUGGGGAUAAUAUCUCUGGGUUGCAAGCCGCUUUGCGGCAGUUUAUAUUCGAUGUUAUCGAGGUAUCCAAAUACAACGAACUGUGUUCCCAGCUGUUUGACGCAGUUGAAGAUGCUUCCUCAAUACGGCAAAUAAUUGAGAUUGUUGAGGAGGAUUUCUUUGCAAAGUGUCUCGAGGGAGACGAACGGGCGAACCGCAGGGACUACUUGAUCAUUGUCAUUGAACUGGUAGCAUCUUUCUCAAAGAAAGUUGAGGGGUCCAGUGCAAGCAGCACUGACAUUCCAUGUCGUUCUUUACCAGCAUUACAGGCAGUGAUCUACGGGUACGAUGUACUGAGCGAAGUGGAACUGUCAGGGCUUGAGUUGCAGAUGACUGUGGUGAUAAAAGUGUUCACUAUGCACAUGAACGCGAUUUUCCAAGACAUUGUGGAAGGGUUGCAAGAUCCGAUGAGGAGGCAAUCCACAGAGUCAUUUUUGGUUUCUGUCUCGCACUUGUUUGAAAGAAUAUCCUUCAACCUGCGGUUAAAGUUAAUGGUCUAUGAGCUUCUGACGUCUUUGAAGUCCUACUGCAUUUACGCGUCGACGACACCUCACGAACGCGCAGCCCUCGGGCCUGGAUCCUCAAGUGAGAGGCACACAUUUGAGAUCCCGAAUAUCAUCCUGAACGUGCCGCCCUUCCAAGUAUCCUCCUUCAACAUGAACAAGAAUAGCAGCGAGACAGAUCCCGUGUCCACGGAGGGCAAUACCGCAGCGACAUCCCGCUCUCCACUCUCUCUCGGUAUCACAAAGGUCCGCAGCGGCGGGACACGCGCCACGAACACGACACGGGGCAGAUGGUUCCUGUACAAUACGAAGUCCGCGCAGUACGACUGCCCACUGGCUGUCGAACCCUACCACAAUAUCGCCAACGACCAGGUCAAGCAGGAGCGCGCAGUCAACAACACCUGUUUCAGCCUAAGCCUGUUUGCUGCAACUUUUGAGAGAGGGAACCCGCCACGGUGA